AUGCUGCAUCGAUACCUGCCACACCUCUUUAACGAUGACUCCAUUCCACCACAGCAGACAGUAGAGGGAACCACUGAGCUCUCAGUUGCUCCAGUGGCAAUAUCUAAUAUAAAGGAAGAGGACAGAUUCUAUCCUUUCUCCCUCCCACCACUGGCUCAGCGGUUCAUUGGCAAUUCAAUCAUUGUCCCAGAAACCUCCCAGCCUGCUGUUUCAGCCACAGAGUGCCGAGUUGCCAAAGAGGCCACUGCAGACACAGCCACUGUCAAGACAGAGAACCGAUGGGCAGCCAGAAGUCUUCCUUCAGUGCUGCCUCCAUGCCUGCCACCAAUCUUUGACGAUGACUUCAUGCCUCCAGAGCAGACAGUAGAGGAUGCCUAUGAGGUCUCAGGUGCUACAGAGAACACUUCAGGCACAGCUACUGUUGAUGGAGUGGACAGAUCAACAGCUAAAUGCCCUGUCCCAAUGCUGCCUCCAAGUCUGCCACCUGUCUUUGGCAUUGACUACAAACUGCCAGAGGAGGCAGUAGAGGGAACCAACAAGUGUCCAGUCGCCAGUGAAUCUGCCGCUUCCGUGUCCGCUGUCCUCCAAGAGGAGUUUUCAGCUGAUAAGAGUCUUCCUGCACCCGCAGCACUGCCUCUAAGGCUGCCCUGCACCCACAGCAUUGACCACAAACAGCUAUGGGAGAAAGUUGAGGACAACACAGAGUUCUCAGUAGACAAAGAAGCAACUGUUGCCAUUUACACUUGGGAAGAUAAAAGUCCUUCAGUUCUGCCAUGCAUCCACAACAACAACGACCACCAACUACCAGAGGAGACAGUUGAGGACAACACAGAGUGCUCAGUUGACACCGAGGCAAGUGCAGUUGCAUCCACUGUCAAGAGAGAGGAACUGACAGGUGAUAAAAGCCCUGUCCGAGCAAUUCCUCCAAUCCUGGGAUGCAUCCAUGACAAGGACCACAAGGAGCCAGAGCAGAAAGUGAAGGGCCCUAGUGAAGAGGUGGAUCUCUGCCCUCACACUCACCAGCUGGACCCAGAUGUUAACUUAACUCUGGCAACCCGCAAUGAUGAACCCAGGACCUGGACCCUGGAAGAGGCAAAGGAUUAUUGGAUAGGCCUUGAAAUUGAGAGUGAAGAGAGGAGCGUCAAGGAGGAGGUGAGACAGAGGGAGGGAUUGAAGCGUGAGGCGGACUGUGCCCAUUCCAAGAGCUCCAAUGGGAUGGCUUCAUCAGAGAGAGCAGAGACCAUCCUUGGAAGAGUGGGCUUUCUGGUCAUGAACCACAUGCAGAAAAUCCCAUUUUUGAAGAUGAAGGAAAAAGAGAAAAAUAAGAAACUGCAGAAGAAGUUGAAAGAUGACGAGAAAGAGAGAAAGGAGAAGAAAAACAAGGAGGAGGAGAACAAAAAGAGGGAGAAGAAAGAGAUGAAUGAGAGAGAGAAAGAGCAGAAGAAAGUCAUGAAGGCUGAGAAAAAGAGGGAGAAGUUAGAACAGAAAAAGAGAGAGAAGGAAAGAAAAGAGAAGGAAAAGGCAGAGAAAAAGAGGUUAGAGGGGCUGAUGAAGAUACAUAAUGACAUGAUGAAAGACAGGAUUAAGAAAGAGAAGAAGUGUUCUGAGGAGAUGAAAAAGAGAGAGAAAGCUCAAACUGAGUUCUUGGAGAAGGAGAGAAAGAUUCAAGAAAAGGAGGAGAAGAAGAGAGAAAAGAGGAGGAAAGAGGAGAGGAAGAGACUAGAGAAGACGAAAAAGAGGGAGCCAGCUGGAGGUGGAACUGACAGGGUGAUAGAAGAGCAGGGAAAGGAUGAAAGCUUGAAGAUGGAUGAGUAG